UCACGACUUGGCUCUUGGAUCACAACUUGUUGUGAGUUGGUGGUCUGUGGUUUAGGAUUUGUGUUGAUUAUGUCUAUGAUGCUGAUAUUUUCCUCUGUGAUUAUUGAUAAGUCGAAUUACAAUAUCUAAUCAGUAUUUUCAUGACGACGUGUUUUAUUCUAAUUAGAAUAAGAAAUGCAGCACCAGUAUUGGGUAACAAAAAAGAGUGUUCUACGAAAACUAGGAGGCAAAGAAGAUGAAUGUAUUGUGUCCUCAGAUGCUGAAUUGGAUGCUAAACUUGAAUUAUUCAAAUCCAUAAAUGAUAGUUGCAAUCAGUUACAAAGAGUUAUCGAUUUGUAUCAAGAAAGGCUAUGUUAUUUAGCUCAGGAAGAAAAUGCUCUGGGUAGAUACUUGAAAGAAUGCGGCAAGAGUGAAAAAAAUGUCUCAGCAGGUCAAAUAAUGUCCGUAUCUGGAAAAGCUCUUGCAUAUACUGGCCAUCAAAGAUUGACAAUAAGGCCUUCACUGGUUAGAUUACAUCACGAAGUAGAAACAUUCAGAGCAAGAGCUAUAACUGACACAAGAGCGACAGUUGCUGAAAUGGAAAAGACAAGAACCGAAUACAGAGCAGCUCUCAGUUGGAUGAAAUCUGCUUCUGCCCAAUUGGAUCCAGAUACUGGGCAUGGAUUGGAAAGGUUCAGGAAAGCCCAGUCUUAUGUGAAAACUACCAAAACUAAAUUUGAUAGGUACACGCUGGCAUGCCUACAAAAAGUCGAUUUAUUAGCUGCAGCAAGGUGUAAUAUGUUCUCUCAUGCUUUAGUACCAUACCAAAAUUCAAUUGUAAACUUUUCCACAAAAUCUGCAGAAACUUUGGGUAUAGCAGCUGCUAAAUUAGAAAGUGUUCAACCAUUCGAUACCACAGCAAUACUGGAACUUGCUAUACCGUACGAGAGUGACAAAGACAAGAAAACGUUCUUUAAUGCUGACUAUUCAGAUGAAACGGCAAAAGAACAAACAACAGCAGGAGACACGUCAAAAGGGGAGAAAACACAACCCUCACCUGAAAUACCAAACCUCCUUGAUGGAGAUUACUCCACCCCACCUACAGAACAACCCACGUCAACAGAAACUGACAUUGCAAAACCCAGUUCAGCUCUUCUGGAUCUGAACUGGUCGACGAAUUCUGACUUCCUUGGCGGUGACUUCAUGCCUUCACGGCUCAUCCAGGAAGGUUCUUUCAGUUUUCCUACAGUAUCUCCCACCAAAGAGGAAUCUAACCAAGAGAAAGUUGAUAACAGUGCUUCUAACUCCGCAUCACAUGAUAAGCAAGUGUCUUGGCUUAGUUUAUUUGCUGAGCUGGAUCCGCUUUCUGGUGCUGCUAAUGAAAAUGCAACGGCUGGCGACCGGGCAUAAAUAAUGAAACUGGAGAGGUCAGCAAGUGAUGUUUGAAUAGGUGAAAACUAUUUUUGCUUAAUCACCUAAGAAUCUUUGAGGAAGAUUUUAUUAUUAGCGACUCAAUUCAUUAAUAAAAAUAAGAUUUUAUUUAGAAUAAACUAUCUCGAAUGUUUUUCAAAUACUUGCAUUCUCCAAAUUAUACCACAGGAAAUUAUUCUGCUGGCCUCCAAUAAUCAACUUUUUUUUACAUUCCCUAUCAAUACCAAAGAUUUUUUAAAUUUAUAUUUGCAUUAUGUAUAUUUCAUGAAAUGAAGUAAACCCAGCUUUCCAUAUCUCCUAAUUAAUUAUUUAAAUUUUAAACCAACCUAGUAUAAAGAGGGAUGAAAAUCUUUAUGAUUAUUCUAUGAAUUUUGUUAUUUUUAUCUGCAUUUUUCAUUGAUUUUUCAACUGAUAAAUUGGCUCUUGCCUGAUUUUUCCUCUUAGUACCUUGUGAGAGGUUGUAAACAACCAUUCACAUAUAGAUGGGAAAUUUAGAUUAUCUGUUAUUGGAUCUGCAUUACAAGUUACUCUGGAAUCUCAUAUGGACCAGUUCAUCAGUGGAAGACAACGGAUUAUUUAUUAAUUUGCUUAUAAAAAAUUGUUUGCUAUAAAACCAAAGAUAAUUCAAAAUAGGAAUCUGUAAUUGUGAAAAAAUUAUUUAAUUUUCAGUGUGAGUCUUUAAAGACAUUGUGUUUGUUAACAGGAAUUUUAUUCUUUGAAUAAAAAAUAUAAUAUCUAUCAAUUAUUCUUAAAUCUUUGCUUUACUUUCAUAGAGAAUGGACUAUAGUUCAUAUCAACUAAUUCAAGUAAAUUAUAGUCUUUUCAAUUUUGUAUCAUCUGUAAUCCAUUAAAAUAUAAUUUUAGAUUCAAGAAUAUAUUUACCAAAGAGUGAAUUUUGCUAGACGUUUUUGUCAGUAAAUAUAAUGAAAUACAUUUAUAAAUGCACU